AUUUAUAAAUAUAUAUAUUGAUAGAUAGAUAGAUACAUAUUUCUGUUCUUUUGUAAAUCAUGUCAUCCUUUGGGCCAUCCGUGGUUUCGCCUACUCAAGCAAUCUCUCAACAGGCCUCUUCAUCACCGACCUCUCAAGCCAAUCCCAAUGCCGAGAUGUCAAUCUAUGCGCAUCAGAAGUGGAACUCAUCGGCUCAGCAACCUCAGCUCUAUCUUGCAAGGCUACCAACGGUCACCCCAGCCAGCGACGUCAACGCGGCCAGGUCCCUCCAACUAGGCGUCCCUCGACCAAAGCGAAAAAGAAUCACCCCAGAGCAAUUGGAAGUCUUGUCGAAUCUGUUUGAGUAUACUGACACACCAACGUUUGAUCUGCGAGAAGCAAUUGGUGCAAAAUUGGGAAUGUCCAAUCGGGAAGUCCAGGUGUGGUUCCAGAACAGACGUGCAAAAGUUAACCGCCAGAGAGCUCCAUCUAACACUCAAGCGACCCUUCAAGACCGACCGCUGCCAUCUACUUCCCAGCAAGAUCCAAGUCGAGCUUCUUAUGGCAGGCAGAAGAGCUCUUCGUCUGAGCUGUUACUUCCUAGCGUGUCAACCAUGCUCAAAAGCUCAACCGAUGGAUCUAGCUCAAGCUUUCCCUCGGCACCCUUACUGCCGCCUUUCCAGCCAACCGUUCCAGGGGGCAACAACAUCCCAGAUCCACUGGUCCGUCGAUCUGUUCACGAUCGCUGUCAGCUAGCUACUAGACCCUCCUCGCCACUGGACGUGUCUGGCUCUGAUCGACUGCCUAGGUCGGAAUUGCAACUCCGAAGUCCGUCCGGCUCACAUCGACGGAACAACCCUAGCACCCCUGGCUCUCCCUAUUCCCGUAAAUGGCUGCCCCGGCGCGCUCCAGAUGCCUCCUACCAUGACCAUCCCGCCGAUCCUCUAUCGCCGCGCCGUUCAAGCACCGAUCCUCAGCCGAAAUCAUCAAUCAUCCCCGAUCACUUGACAGUCCAUCAUCCUGCGCGUCCUCGGUGGAGCUCACAUGCGACUCGAUCCCGUCUGAACUCGCAGCUUACCUCCCAGCGUCCACAAUCCCACUACCUGAAUAUCGCUUCGAUGAGACUAGAUCAACAACCCCAUGCAGAUGCAGCCGUCAAUCUGAACAGCUAUUCCUUGACUCGAACUUCGCUGCCGACCGAUGAAAAUCCCACACCACAGCUCAUUGAACCCCCGGCUCCCAGUUCCCUUCACGAUGUUUCACCCAAUCAGGAGUCUCCUAACGAAUCUAACUCAUCUUCACGCUCAAGCUCUCCGCCAAGCCAUCAUCAAUCUGCCCAGAACCGAGCCCCAUGGCAGUCACGUGGAGAGAGUAUGCCUUUGAAUGCACCCCGCCCAGUUUUUCACAACAAAGCCAGAGAAGAUGGACAAGAGCACAACAGAUCAAACAACCACUUGGGAUGUCCUUCGCAACAGUCGUCAAGCUCUUCAUCCACUCAAGCCAGACGGUCCUGCUCGGCAGAGGAACCAACUUUAGCCACCUCCAGAUCGCUUUUUUCGAGCCGCUGUCUGCCGCCCUUGCCGAAUCCUGUCCGGCCCGGCCCGGGUUCGUUCCCGCCACCGGUAGCUCUCCGAGUCGUGGCCAUCAAGCGGGACAACUCGCCCAUCAACUCGGCAUUCUCAGCCUCACCUUCAAGCUCCGAAUUCAGGUUGCCUCCGCUCCUCAAUGAACGACACACCGAUCACCUUCACAUCCCUCCUCACAAUCUGUCCCGUACCAAAUAAACCUUAAUUCAUCCCCCUUCCUCUCUCUAUGUCCGUUGAUGACUGUCUGUGAGCGGUGGUUCUUAAAAGCCUCCCAUGAACAUCACAAUCUUCGGCUUCUACAUCUGGCUUUCCUACUGUGUACAUACUUCGAAUCGUUUGGUUGCAUCGAGCUACUGCCCUGUGUUUGAGUCAUCUUGUCUGUCCAUUCUGUAAAUAUCAAGCUACUUGCUUGAAAGACACUAUAUAAUGUGUGUAUAUAUGAAUUCAUCCACUUCUAUACCGCUUCCUCAUCAAUCUUUUUUUUCUUGUCUUUUCUGUUGACCUCUCCUCUUCUUCAACUUCUAAUCUUCUCUAAAUAACAAACACACAAAAAAAAAUCAGCUUCAUUAUUUUAUCAUUUUUAUUCACUCAUCUUUAAUUCUGGCCCUUCACAAUUUGAUGAUUUCUCUUUUCAUUUCUUUUCUUUUAAUUGCUGAUUACAUGUAAAUAUUGUUGUUUUUUUUU